CAUGACAAGGCGAAAAGCAUGGGGGAGUAUCGCAUACAUCCUCCUUGACCUCAACCCAUCUCUGCACCUGCUGCACUCACAGCUUCCAAUACGUGCCAAUUCGAGGCAUGUGUCCGCUCAAAGCUCGAUAAUCUCGGAUAGAUAGAGCGGCAACCUUGCUUGGGUCGUCAUGCUAGCAAGCUCGUCGGGCGCAGCUCUGCUUCGGCAGGCAGCGAGCACCAGCAGACCCGUCUGGGCAAGAGCUCGUCUUCAAAGCUCGGGGACGACUGCGGCGCCGACAAGCUCUUGCGCAGCUUGUGCAGGGCUGAGAUCCGCACUGCCAUCCAGGCAUGCCUCCUCAUCCACAUCCACCGCAUUUCCCACUUAUUCUUGGAAACCUCCUUCGCAGCCUCGAAACAAGUCUAAAAGCACCUCGGCUGCCUCUUCCUCUUCUGCUCGAAGCGAUGCGUCGAGCUCAGCAUCCGAGCAUCAUGGAAAAGGAUCGGAUAGCAGACCUUUCCGAAAGACUUAUCCUCCGCCCGCAGCUCAGCCCGAUCCCAUCGUGUUCGACAAGCCUGCAGUUCCCAAUCCAGCCGAAACGCAGCAAGCGCAUGCUAAGUUCAGAGAGACGAGCCGAAAAGGGGCUGUAGUUGCUGCUUUGUUGUUGGGAGCAGCUGCGGCUGCUUGGUUCACUUACUCGAGCGUGUAUGCGGAUGAAGCGCAGGGUCAGCGACAACAUCCUGCCCUCAAGGGCAUCGACAUCUCGGUGGAGGAGAUGGAGAAGAGGGUCAAAGAGGCAGAAGCUGGCAAAGGUGCCGGAAAUUAUACCGUCAUUGCGGUCAAGAGAUGCACAGUGAUUGCCACUGCAGUGGCCCUGUGCGUGUGGGACUACCGAAAGACGCUCAACGCCAAGUACGAGUCGAAGGAGGCAGAGCAAGCCGAAUUGGAAGAUUGUCACCUGCGCUCUGCGCAUAGAUUGCUGGCAGCCCUGCAAGAGAAUGGAGGAUUGUACAUCAAGUUGGGUCAACACAUGUCUUCGAUCGCAUUGCUACCCUUGCAGUAUACUCAGACGCUUCGGCCUUUGCAAGAUGCCAAUGAACCUAGUCCGCUGCCAGCCUUGGAAGCCAUGUUCAGGCAAGAAACAGGAUCCACAUUUGAGGCAAUGUUCUCCGAAUUUGACGCAAACCCUUUGGGCGUCGCGAGUCUGGCCCAGGUACAUCGAGCAAAGGAUAGGAAAACGGGACAGUGGAAAGCUGUGAAGCUCAUGCAUCCCGAGGUGGAGAGAUUCAGCAUCAUCGAUGUCAAGACUGUGAAUGUCCUCGUGAAGUGGGUCAAGCGCAUAUUCCCUCAAUUCGAGUUCACCUGGCUGGCCGAGGAGAUGAAUGAGAAUCUACCUCUGGAAUUGGACUUCCGCCACGAAGCAGAAUCUUCCCGCAAGAUGGUGUCGGACUUUGCCCACUACAAAAAGACGGCCAUCUACAUUCCCAAAGUGGAGCAUGUGUCAAAGAGGGUCAUGGUCAUGGAGUACAUCGACGGCAGGAGGCCCGACGACCUGAAUUAUCUUCAGAAGCACGGAAUCGACAGAAAUCGCGUCAGUCAGGAAUUAAGCAGGGUCUUUGCUCAGAUGCUGUACAUGCACGGAUUUUUCCACGGAGACCCUCAUGCUGGCAAUGUGCUGAUCCGGCCGGCGCUGCCUGGAAGCAGAAGCCCUUACAACUUCGAGCUCGUUCUGUUGGACUUUGGUCUUACAUUUGACAUCGACAAAAAAUUGCGCACGGACUAUGCACGUUUCUGGCUCGCGCUCUUGUCUCCUAGCACCCCCAGAGUGCAAAAAGAGCGUCGAAGGCUGGCUUCUCUCAUUGCGAAUAUCCCCGAUGAGCUCUAUCCUAUUUUGGAGAGCGCCAUCACGGGAAAGAGUGGAUUGGAGGGUAGCGACCCCAGCAACCCUCAUGGAGUCAAGGGCAGACCGAGAGCCAGUAGUCUGCUCGAUCAGCCCGCGACCUCCGGAAAUGAUGUGAGCGACGAAGAGCAGGAGCACAUUCGCGACACCGUCAUGGCGAAAGAGGGCCUGUUCGUCUCCAUCCUGGAUAUGCUUCGGCGUGUCCCUAGACGGAUGCUCAUGGUUCUGAAGAUCAACGACCUCACGCGUUCACUCGACUACAAUUUACACACGACGCACGGUGCUGCCAGACCCUUCAUUAUUGCUGCUAGGUACUGCGCCUUGGCAGUCUGGGAUGAUGAUAGGGAGAAUCUGAGAAGGAGAAGAAAGGAGCAGGGCUUGAGCCUCGGCUUGAUCAGGGAUUGGAUCGGGGCUUGGUGGAACUACUUUUACUUCUACCGAGGAUUAUCGAUAAUGGAAGCGUGAGUACUGACGUGCCUUGAGACCUUGAGUCUGCCUUUUAACAGCCUUUCGCUUUGGUCGGUGCGAUGUUUGGCAGCCUGUCAGACUUCAACGCCCGUCGACGUAAAGUUUUUAGCUUCACUCGAGCUUUUGCAGUCGGAGGAGACAGAUCUUCGGCACUCAGAGCCGCUUCUGGAGUGGAUUCGCAGGCUAGCCAGAGGUUGAAGGAGCAG